AUGGUGGUUCAUACUCGCAAUAGUGGAGCCAAUGCCGGAGCGCUCAGCUCAUCUUCCUCGAGCCAGAAGGAUAACCAUGGACCCUACCAGCAUGGCGGCCUCUACAAUGGGGGACACAUCCCGCAUGGUGGCAGCCCCCACACAGCUUCAAAUGUUAUGGCCAUAGUGAUGCUCGAGCUCUUCUGUAAGUUUUUGUACUUGUUACGAACUAGCUACGGAAGGACCUGUGCCUGUUGGCUGUUGGCUGUAGCUGUUUUCUACUAAAAAACUGAAACUGUGUCAAGACGCCAAAAUCAAUAUCAAGAACAACUUCAAAAUACUGUUUCUGUCGAUCACUAGGACUAGCUACUUCCUCUUCAUCUAAUUUUUGCGGUAGCACUUACGGCAGUGUCGGAAGUCCUAUCGGCGGAGCUAAUAGUAUGGCAGUUGGGAAUCAGUAUUUCACCCAUGUGCCCUCAGGGCCCACCAAGCAUUCGCAUGUACGCGAAACGAUCGAAGUACUUCCUGGACGCCUCUUCUGGCGGGCAGAGCCGAAGCAUCACAUGACCACGAGAAGCUUAGCUGAAAAUGCUUAUCAUCACCCCCAGGGUAACUUUAAGGCAAGAACGAACUUCUACACAUGAUUAUACUCCAAUACCCAAAUCCACACACCUGAUUAUACUUGAUCAUCCAAGCAAUCCACAUCGAUGGAUCCUGAAUUAGUCAUGAUAUUAUAGAAGUGAUCACCAUCAAUGCACGACGGCGACCACGACCUUACCGAUUCUUAUUUAUUUAGAAUGGACUAGCAGUAGAACUUCUCGAGUUGUUUCUUGACCACCAAGCUGCUGUUUAGACUAUCGUCUUUAUUGAUAAGUUAGAGACCUCCUCAGUCAAGUACACCAGAGACAGACGGAAUAUUGUUGGAACGGUAUGCUCAGGCAUCUUGUUCACAGCAAAGUCACAAGAUGAAGAUAUUAGCGUUACUAGAAUACAUAGAUCAAUUCUGGCGAACCCGAGCUCUAAUAGCUACAACUUUCGAUUGUUGAAUACGCCGAACGAGGUGGGCUACCGAUUCGAAAGCGACCUCGAUAUCUGCUAUCAGGCGUUUGCCAAGGACUUUGGUCCCCUUAAUCUUGCGGUUAUUUGGCGCUAUUGCAGACUUAUGGAACAGGUACUCUUAGGGCUUAGGCAAAUCGAUGGUGUACGUCUUGACUUGCAAAGAUCGAGGUUUCAGAGCUCUACGUUCAAAGACAUCUUGAAAUCUCAGAUCUUCAUGAACAACAUUUACUAGGUGAUGGAGAUGGACACGAAGACCGUGACGCAUCAGUGCGACACCAGCGAUAUCAUCCGGAUGACCAAUAGUGUCUUUCUGAUAUCAGCCUACUGCAUAGUGAUGGAAGGGAAAACCGCGAAUGAUUAAGGCCUCCCACUAGUGACUAGACAAUCCUUCAUAGUGAUGGAAGUAGUAGAAUUAGAAAAGCUGUUCGUCUCAAUCUUCACCAAGCACUAGCUCUUCCUCUUCUGGUUCUGCUUCUGGUUGUACAAUGUCAAUGAAUCAUAGACCUAGAAGACUAAGAAGAUGUUGGAAUAUAAGUAAUCAUUUUUUGAGCUUCUUCUAAUCUGGAAUGUACAACAAAUUCAAGCAUCUGCGAGAAUAUUGGGUGCCUUACCGGGACGCCUCCUCAUGCCCGUCCAUUUUUGACCUGGACAUGCUUAGUUGCCUCGAAGGUCUCGAAGUCGGAAUCAAAUUAGGCUGGUUCGUGUACUUCAAAAAUCUUGAUUUUCAUUGUAGAUUACUUGCUUUACGGUUCAUUUGUUGUACGAGGUUUCUUCUAGGUCAGUUUUUUCUUCUGAGCUACACUCAAUCGAGACCGAGGACUACGCCUUAUUCUCGCAACUUGAAGAAGAGUCAUGUCUAAUGAAAUUCUUCACUGUCAAUUCUCUUUCCUACACUCUUUCCUACACCUGCUAUUAAACAUCUUAUUUUACGCAAGAACGAUCUACAUCACGCCGAUGCAUCAUUUUCACUUUCAGGUACAAGGACUUCGAUGCCGAUGAGUAUGAGCAUUACGAAAAAGUUGAGAGCGGAGAUUUGAACUGGAUCAUCCCUCACAAGAUGCUAGCAUUCGCAAGCCCACAAAACAAGAGCCGGGUAAUUUUCGUCUUCUCUUUUUUUUGUAGUGCUUGAAAAAAAUUAGGUAGAAGUUCUCCUCUUGACCUGUGAGGUGUUUGCCAAACAACAACUCUGAUACAAGUAGCUACAAGAAGUCUCACGCGGCAUAUAGACCGACGUCGAUAUUGAUAUGCAACAUCGAUCAAACCAUUCUCGAUGUUGAAGAACUUUGAAGUCGUAUAGUACCCUCAAUAAAUCUCCACAGGACGCCGAUGGUUACCUCACAUGGACUCCAGAGGGAUACAGCCCGCUCUUCAAGAAGUGGAACAUAAACCUAGUAGUGCGCCUGAACAAAGCGACGUGCUACGAUAGAGAAAAGUUCAUUUAAGGCUCAGGAAAUCCCUCUUGUUUGGUGUAAAGUCAUUGUUUAUCUCUCUGCACAAUAGAUAAGAACAAGGAAUUGAAUUGCUUUCUUGAUUUCGUUUCGCCAUUACUAGGCUAGAUAGUAGAACUAGUACACAGAGGACACAACUACUUUUAUGAUACGUGUCCACGUAGGGCGAGGAGGAGCUGAGAAAAAAGAAACUCCAAGAGUGAACAGAAGUUGUCGCCGACUCUAAUGUCUCAAGAACGGGGUAAAGCAUCUCGACCUCUAUUUCAAUGAUGGAGGUCUUCCGCCAAUGGAGCACCUCUACGCAUUCCUCCACGCUAGCGAAACAGAAAAAGGCGGUGUUGCAGUAACAACAUAUUCGCUUCUAGGAAUACAUUAUUGCUAACUAGAUUGGAAAGUUCUCAACCGAUUGAGUGAAGUCGUUGCAUAUUUCUUUCGAAUUCAUCUUCAACCUUCAAGGUUUGUUACUUAGGUAAUUCACUAGCACUACUGAUCAUUGUUUCGUUCUUUUUCCAUUUCUUACAUAGGUUCACUGCAAAGCCGGCCUCGGGCGAACGGGAACGCUUAUUGGUGCGUAUGUGAUGAAGCACUACAAAGUGCCAGCACGAGUGUUAUGGCUUGCAAAUUGUAGCCUAUAGAAGCUUUUUCAUGAUCAUCUUACUCUAAUGAUAUUAAUUUUGAUUUUUCUUUGGAUAUGUGGUUCUUUGGACCGGGCUACAAGAUACUCAUAAGUAAGUAAAAGAUGACAUCACAAUGACUUCUGUUUCUAGUAUACUUUCGCAGCGGACAAUCUUCAUUAGGGAGGUGCAUUGGGGGAAUUAUGUCCAUAUAGAGAGCAACGCGAAAGGAGCUGUCAUUCCUCGGCCUCUCUGCUCUUCGUAGCUCUUCCUGGCUCUGCCUGGCAGGCUCUGCUCUUUCGCGCUACAAGAUACUCUAAAGUAAGUAAAAGAUCAUGCAUUCUUUCUCGACGGUUUCCUGGUGUUCUCGAAACUACCAUUGAUUACCUCUUUAUUCCUCGUAAGCUAGUACAACUUGUACCUCGUCCUCUAACUACUUUUAUCGCUUGGAAUCGUUUAGCGCGUCCGGGAAGCGUCUUGGGGCCUCAGCAGCAGUUUUUGUGCGACAUCGAACCCCUGAUGUUCAGUUUGCCGAGUCACCUUCCGGAAGUGAUGGCUUUCCGACCAGGACCAGGUCAUCCUAUCCGAGUGAAUCCUAAUUUAAGGCGAGUUUUGCAGGGUGGUGCUGGUAGUUCAAGUUCCAAGAUUUACUUAGAUGACUAAUUAAAAUUAGAUUUAGAGCCCGUCGUUAGUUACCUAGCUUUAGAAUUAAUCCGUCGUUACAGUGUGAAGAGCAGUUUUUGGAUUCAAUUGCUAAGAAUGGAAGGUACAUAUUCGAGAAAACGAGAUUUAUACAUAUUAGUUCCUAACUAAAAUCACCGUCUUCUAUACAUAUAGUUCUUCUAACAAGUCCGGCUCUGCAGGCAGCUAUUGCCAAUAACCCUUCGGUUUCGAGGACCAGCGUGGUGGAAGGAAGUAACGUAGCCGGCUCGAGAGAAGUCAGUCAACAGUCUCCGCAAAACAUUAAGGCGAACGUAAUCUGAACAGGAAUAAUAGGACUGAGGAUCGAUUUGGAGGCCACAAGAACUCAGAUAUGAUCCAUCGUCAUCCACCUCAUUGUUGUACCUGAUUUCCGAGAACAGAAUAGAUCAUUUUCAGUUGGAACUAUUUGUAAGACUAAGACCAAGUAGGAUCAGUAUAGUGCGUUUACGUAGUCAAACUGGACUCACCUUGUACUUUUGCGGGAAAUUGUAGACCCGGGUACCAAAAAAAAACUCCCGCGAUUGCUUGCAUGAAUGAGUGGAUGAAUGAAUGAAAAGAGAAGUAGAUGCAACAGAUCCUUCAUACAGACGUUCACCUAUUUCUAAGACUAGCAAGCCGACUCCCGCUGGAAGCAACAAGGCAUCACAGGAAGAACAAACCUCGUCUCAGUCGCAACAGAGAAAUCAGAGUGGCGGCAACAAAAAGUUCUACGGAGCAGGCGGUAAUGCGAAAAACAGCAAGAAAAACCCAUCCACAGUCGACCCGAACAUCGAACAACAGGUAGUCUUAUUUAUUAUGUGGCAGUCUCAGACCCAGCACUCCCAGUUGUUAGCCUGCGGUAAAAACAAUUUUUGUUAAUAACUGCGCAUGACAGGAGACCACCAGCAUAUUGUAAUCGAAAUUCAAUUAUCACAGGGCCAAGGCGAGUGGCUUCUCUCGCAAAAGAAGCGUGCGCAGGGAAUGAAGACUAGUUACUCGGCGGCAACACCGGGAGCAUACACGACAUCCGGAUAGAUGUCGGGACUCGGCAAAACGGUCGACUCGUUGGAUUACUUUUAUUAAGUUUAGUGAUUUAAGUAGGUCAAAAGAUAUAGAAAGUAAUGGGAAUUCGUUUUUUAGUUACGUAUCUUCGUGUUGAAUCGUAGGAAGGACCGGGAAAAUCGCAAUGGCCAGAGGCCACUGUGCAUUAAACUACGUAUUAUUGCCCUCGAUAUUAGUGGUUGUGUAUUUCCUGCGCAGUGGCAGUGGGGUAGUCCGCUUUUUAUUUUAUUGCUAAACAGGGAGGAAUUCGAAUUUUCUUGCCCUUUUUUGAUGUGAUUCAUGAUUUCAUGUUCGCAGUCAGUGUGCAUAUUAUUGUUGAUGGGUCCCGAUGAUAAUCUCAGAGUUCGCAUAGUAGCCGUAGCAGUAAAUAAAGUGGGCGGAAAGUGGGGAAUUCGAACGGAAGCUCAAUCAUAUUUUUUCGUGACGUAAAAACUUCUUACGAUUUAAGGUCAUACCAAGGAACGGUUGGACAGUCCUGUAAAAAAAGAAUUAACGUAGUAACCAUGCUAAAGACAUAUGAUAAUCUCCAAAAUCUUCUGAUUUAUAUACUUCUACUUACCCUUGAGGACAGUCAAGUCUUGACUAGUAUUAUAAUGAAGAAAAUCAAAAUCUUCAGAAAAUGCACCAUGACGUAUAUUUAGCUUGUAGUUGAUCAUCUGCCGUGCUCGCAUAGUUCUCGUAAAUUUUUCAUUUCCAACAUGCAUAACAUCAAUCUUCACACUUAAAAUGUUACAGCAGCUCAUGUAUUAUUGAUAGGAACAUCAAGAUCAAAGAAAUAUGAAAGCAAAAAUUGUCUGUCACGAAUUCGAGUCGAGUAAACCUUGUUACCCCAAAUUGGGGGUAUCCACGCACUAAACUGAGAAGUACUAGUUGUCUACAAGAUUGCCUUCACUUGUCAUUAUCGCUCGACUUCAUGUUGAAACAUUCGUACUUAACGCACUAGUAAUCAAUUCGUUGAAUUGAUUCUUUUACCAGAAUUAGCAUUUUUCUCUCAUCUUAGCUAUCAGUUACACUUGUUGUCAUCUAUUGUUAUUAUCUAUCAUGUCUAAGUUCAAAGUAAGAGUAGAUAGGAUUGUGAUCAUGAGGUUUAAAUAUAGAAAUUCAUGGCAUUCAAGACCUGAAACGUUGAUUAAUAUUGGAAGUUACACCAAUAAGAGUGUUUAGGAGGUCAGCAUAGUGUUAUUAUCCACCGCUUUAUUUCUUCUUUGUUUGUAUGGUGAUUGAGACGUCGACUUAUCAUCAUUACGAUUAGUGUCGGUGAUUCAUUCCUUCACAACCAGCAACAGUCGGAGGGCUGUCUUCUGCGGCGUCGAAAAUGCAAUGCGGUACUCCAGGUACAAGACUGAGGCUGCCCCCGGAGCUCGCGGCAUUUCAGGUGGACGCUUUGCAUCUUACGCCUUCUCUCAACAACCAAUAAACAACUGAAGGAUAGCAGUAGGUAGUAUAGAGGAGGACGUGCUGCCAGCGACAAGAUCCAUAUUAACUACCAUUGUAAAUAUAGUUUCGAUGAUAGCGUCUGUUUAUCAGAGUAACUUACAUGAUAAUCUUACUCAAUCAUAAUAUGGACUGUCAUCUUCACGACAAUGCAUCAAUUAUACAGCUGUUUGCUCCAUUUCCUAUACAUUCCGUUUGAUCUUCUUAACCAUGGUCAUCCUCAUUGAAGAUUGUCAUUAGCAAUGAAAAGCAUGUAAAAAAAGGUACAGACUUGUACAGAAACCAGCACCACGAGAACCAGUCUACUUACCAAUUAACUGAUAUUCAACAUGAUUCAUAGGAAUCAGAUCGAUAGCACAUCGGGAAUGCAAUGGUUGAAAAAUUAGAUUUAUUUCACUGAGAUCAACCAAGAACAUCAACUCACUCAUCUACUUUCUGUAUUCGACUUUGGUGGAACGAGCAAGCUGUUCCAUUUUAUUUUCUUGUGGUUCUGUAAUGCAAGCAUAUUAGUUUGGUGUGAUAAGGCGAUGGCUAAUAACUAUCGCUCGCAUCUAGUUUUUAUUCAUCACUUCUUACCAACGAACUGAAACUAUUAUUUAGUUUUACAAAAGAAACUGAUCGUGUAGAAAUUUUUAAUUUUGAUGAAUUUAUCCAUGAACAAGAGCUAUCACUCCAGUGGUAUUGAAGAUCGCUUUGUUACUCAACAUGGGUUGCCUGCAGUUAGUUGCGCGGUUGCCUCAACAAUGAGGGUUCCUUGUACUAGUUAUCCGCGUCUUCAUCUCAGAAGAUCGGAAUUCAACAACACAGUAGUUGUGAGGACCUGUACAAAAUCGAUUCAUCAACUGUACCCUACAAAAGCAACUCUUGCUUGUGCAUAGCCAGCAUGCUGUCAGCAGCCCGAUGAGCCUGAGAACCAGAUUUAAUGGAAAUUCACCUACAUGGGAAAUAAAAUCAGACGAAGUACAAAGAAUAUUGAUAAUGUUGCAGGCAAAAUGAAUAUCCAGAGCCAAUAGUGUUGCAAGAAGAAUGUCGGGUUGACUGUGUUAGUUGUGCG